AUGCUUUCGUUGCAAAGAGUUGAUGCAGUCUCAGGUUUUGUAGGGAAAAAAAUACUACCUCCGGCGAAAGACUGGAUCGAACUGGAGGAGCGACGAAGAUCAUUCUGGGCAGCUUAUUAUGGUGACAGAUGGGCUAGCUGUGCUACUGGAUGGCCAAUGAUGUUUGAUGAACAAAAGAUUAAAACUAAUAUGCCUUGUUCUGAUGAUGCGUUUGAUCUAGGAAUGGAGGAGAGGACAUGCUCAUUAGCUGAGGCAUUGACUCCGGAGGGUGCUUCUACGAUAUCAUCAUUUGCUGGAGUAGUGUUAUCGGCAUGCUUAUUUGGUCAAAACAUCGAACACAUGUCCAAAAGUGGUCCCGACGAUGGCGCCAAUGAUAUAGCCAAUGUUGCCUACAUCAAGGAGCAGUCUUGA